CUAUCUCUCAUUCUCUUGCUGAUGUCCUUCAUCCACGCUGGACUCACUCAAGAGAGACCAAAAGCUGCAUUGAAGGUGACUCCAGAUGAGCGUGUGUUCAGAGGAGAGACAGUCACUCUCACAUGUGACAUACAGAGAGCAGGAGACAUUCAGUGGACAUACAGCUGGUUUAAAUAUGGAAACACUUUCUAUCCACACACAACAACAACAACAGCAGAGAUCAGUUUCACAGCUGAUUACAGUGCUGAAUACAGCUGUAGAGGAGAGAGAUCAGACUCACAGAGAUCAGACAUCAGUGCUGCUGUUACACUGACUGUAUCAGAUUCAUUCAGAUCUACACUGACUGUGACUCCAGACAGUCCUGUAUUCACUGGAGAGACAGUCAAUCUGACCUGUGUGAUUGAGACUUACAAUUACUGGGGACAGAGAAUUGACCGAACACAUGACUGGAGAUAUGAGUGGUAUAAAGGCACAUACAGCAAUGUAAUAUCACAGACGUCUGAUCGUUACACUGUAAACAGAGACACUCUCACUAUCAGAGGAGUAAUUACAUCUGAUCAGGAUCCGUACUGGUGUAGAGGACAGAUAAGAUCAGUCUGGUCACCGUUUAGCUCUGCUGUUUCUCUCUCAGUGAAAGAUUUACCCAGAUCUACACUGACUGUGACUCCAGACAGUCCUGUAUUCACUGGAGAGAGAGUCAACCUGAAGUGUGUGAUUGAGUCUCACAGUAACUGGAGACGGAGAAAUUACCAAACAUAUGGCUGGAGAUCUGACUGGACGUGA